GGCUUAAGUUAAGACAAAUCGAAAAACAUAACUCUCAGUUUAGUAUACUACAACAUAUUACAUCUCACGAUGGAAAGUGAGAAUCUCCCUCAGAGUCUCGGCUUCCUCACAGAUGCCGCGCAUCUUCUCACAAAAUCAGCACCCGAGACUUCGGCUUAUCUUAUAGCCCAACGAAACUCGCUCAUGUUCAAUCAUGAGCUAGAGCAGUCCGACAUACAGAGACAACACAUUUGCGGCGCGUGUGGUCAUAUCAUGAUUUCCGGUCAAGGUAGCCAGCUCAAGAUAGAGACGAAUAAGGCUAUCCAUAAAAGGGGAAAGGAGAAGAAGAGAUUCAAUCUCAAAAACCCUGGAGAGAAGAAGGUUGGUUGUCGAAAACGAUUCACCUGUGGGAUGUGCAGUCGAUACACCGAUAUUUCAAUCCCUCCAGCAGCCCCUAUAUCCAAACGACGUCCUUUGAAGUCAAAACCUUCUACCUCAAGUACCGUUCACACGAAUUCAUCUGCUGCUCCCCUAACCGAGCCACCCAAGGUUUCUGCCAAUGCUAGCAGCAAGAAGAGAGCCAAGAGUAGAAAGCAAGGUCUUCAAGCUCUACUUCAGCAAGCUCAGUCGUCUAAACCUCAGAAUGGACUUGGUCUAAGUCUGAGUGACUUUAUGAUGAAGUGAAAACCCCCCCUGGAUAGGUUUUGUCCAUAACUUUGGUUCAUGACAUAUGUAGAGUAUUUUAAAGGGGAAUACUACCUUGGUACGUUGGUCAGUGGUAUGCUUACGGCAGCUGCCGUGGACCGAGCCGUAGAGCGAACCGUGGGAGGUUCGAGCUCUUUCUAACAGGGACUGCACUAGCCACCUGGGCACCACUAGCUUCUCGGCCGGGUGCUUAUUGAUAAGCCCAUGGCCCAUGUCAUAACCCCGCGCUACUGCGACAAACUGCAAAUUGCCCCUCCAAAAUUUUGAGUCAAACAGGAAUCGAAUUCCCGAUACAAAGUACAAUAUUUAUUUUAUUAUUUUUUUCAACAAAAUCAACAUACAAUAUACAGUUUGAACCAAAAAAAAAAGAAAAAAAAAAAAGGGAAUUAAAAGAAGAAAUAACCAAAUCACCAAAAAUGUCUUCAUCUGAAGCACCAGGAACCGUCACAAAAGUUACACCAACCGACUUCUUCGAGUCGAUCGGCCAGAAAGC